UUCCCGACCUUUCCAGCAGCAACCAGCCGCCGGAUUCCAGUAGCCUCACUCUUCCCCGAAUUCCACCCGCCGCCGCCAACAGCCGCUGAAGCAACUCCGCGCGAUGGCUGCGGCGGCGAUUUCCGGCGGCCACCUCGUCCUCUCCGCCCCUACCUCCACCCGGCGCCCACAGUCGCUCCCCUUCCAUCCGCCCUCAGCGCGACCAAUUGCCGCCUCCGGCGCCCGCCGCGGGGUCGCGGCCGCCGCAGUGUCCAGCCCUGCCGCGGUAUCCUCUCCGGGGAAAGAAGCCAAACAGAUUCCUAAGGAUUUUCUUCAUAUCAAUGAUUUUGACAAAGAUACAAUCAUGAAGAUCCUUAACCGAGCGAUUGAGGUUAAGGCAAAGAUAAAGUCAGGAGACAGGAGCUUCCAACCAUUCAAAGGAAAGUCAAUGGCAAUGAUAUUUGCCAAGCCAUCGAUGAGGACCCGUGUUUCAUUUGAAACAGGAUUCUUCUUGCUUGGUGGGCAUGCCAUUUAUUUGGGCCCUGAUGAUAUCCAGAUGGGCAAGCGUGAGGAGACUCGUGAUGUUGCCCGGGUGCUUUCUGGAUAUAAUGACAUCAUUAUGGCUAGGGUUUUUGCUCACCAGGAUAUCUUGGACUUGGCCAAAUAUGCAUCUGUACCUGUCAUAAAUGGUCUCACGGACUAUAACCAUCCAUGUCAGAUAAUGGCUGAUGCACUUACUAUGCUUGAACACAUUGGUCGUAUUGAAAACACCAAGGUUGUCUAUGUUGGAGAUGGGAACAAUAUUGUGCACUCAUGGCUUCUAUUGGCUGCUGUGAUUCCUUUCCACUUUGUAUGUGCUUGUCCUAAGGGCUUUGAGCCAGAUGCGAAAACCGUGGAGAUUGCUAGGAAAGCUGGAAGUAAGAUUGAAAUAACUAAUGAUCCCAAGGAAGCAGUUAAGGGAGCAGAUGUUGUGUAUACAGAUGUUUGGGCCAGUAUGGGCCAAAAGGAGGAAGCUGAGGAAAGGAAAGAACUAUUCCAAGGAUUCAUGGUGGAUGAAGCCCUGAUGGAGAUGGCUGGUCCGAAAGCGUUCCUCAUGCAUUGUUUACCUGCGGAGAGAGGGGUGGAGGUAUCAGAUGGUGCAAUUGAGGCCCCAAACUCGAUUGUAUUCCCCCAGGCAGAGAACAGAAUGCAUGCUCAAAACGCAAUCAUGCUUCAUGUGCUCGGUGCUUAGUUGCCCUAGUGUGUGCUAGCUUGUUAGUGUUAAAUCAGCACCGAAACUGAAGAUUAUCACCAGACAUUAGGUUCCCUUAAGAGGCGUGAAGUAGAGAUUUUGGAACAUGUCACCCUAUUCAUACUUUGGGUUGUCCAAUAACUGAAGUAUGUACGUACUUCGGAGGUGGCAGUAUGUGGUACUGUCUCUGGUCGGGUAAUACUGAAUAAAUGGAGCACCUUCAAGAUUCA